AUGUCGGAGAAUCAACGAGAGUCUUUGCUGAGCAUUUGUGUUCUCUUGGACAAAUAUUUCGCCGAUGCGUUUCCAUAUUAUCAGAUCAACUACUCGCCCGUCGCCGUUGGUUUUCUAUCGCAGUUCCUUUAUCAGUCCUUUAUUAUGGCCAGAACAGCGAGAAUGACAAUGAAUCCAGCGCUUGCAAUCAUGCUUGGUUUCGUCGCGAUUCUUCCAACAACUGCGAUAAUGUGCCAAUAUGCGCGAGGUGCUCUUUUCUCUCGUUACGAAGAAAAUAAACGACGCAUGCUUCACUGGUACAUUGAUCACAUGCCUGUCCAAGAGGUCAAGGGUCUUUUGACGCAUUGCUACCGAGUUGAAGACAGAAAAGUCGCCAACAAGGGUCUUUUCAAUGAGCCAGAAGGUUCUCUUGAUUUGUCAAUUCCAACCGAAUUCGUCUUGACCUUUCCAAGCUCACCGUUUAUGCUCAAACCUAGCCAGGAAUUUUAUCAAAGUGUGAUAACGCAUUGCAUCGAUAGAUUAGUUGCUGCUGGAGAAAGUAUAGAACCAGAUCCGUAUGAAGUUUACAAGGAUGAUGAAGGCUUUGAUUAUAAUAUGCCGUCGGAACGGCCAGACAGCCGAGCGACAAACGGAAGUGAUGCGAGCACUGUCCCAGAAGAGUCAAGAUGGAUGGAAACCAUGAUUUCCAUGAUGUCAAAGGUUGACGAUAUCUUGGCAACAGUUGGAACUACAGAUGCUGUUGCCCUCCCUCAAAUCGUCGCCAUCGGAAGUCAAAGUAGCGGCAAAAGUUCUGUUUUGGAAAAUAUCGUUGGUCGAGAGUUUCUCCCUCGAAGUAAUGGAAUUUGCACCAGACGACCGCUGAAAGUAGAGCUUAUUCGAACAGAAAACGAAGAAGUCGUCGAUGGAGAAACCUACAGUCAAUGGGCUACAUUCCUACACAAGCCAGGGCAGAUCUUUGUCGACAUGGAAGAAGUAAAGAUGGAAAUCAUCGCCGAAACAGAACGCGAAUGUGGCUCGAAUAAAGCUGUUUCGGCAAAACCUAUCUCGUUAAAAUACUUCUCUCCUGAUGUUCUUUCGUUAACGAUCGUAGAUCUACCUGGAAUAACAAGGGUUCCUGUAGGAGAUCAGCCUCAUGAUAUUGAGGAGCAGAUCAGAAACAUGAUCAUGAAGUACAUCGAGCCAAAGAACACGCUGAUCCUUGCCGUAACUCCUGCCAAUACAGACUUCGCUACAUCGGAUGCUAUCGACCUAGCCCGGAGAGUAGACCCAGAUAGUCAGCGGACUUUGGCUGUUGUCACCAAAGUGGACAUCAUGGAUCAUGGAACAGACGCUAUGGAUAUCUUGUGUGGCAGAAUACUCCCUGUUAACCUAGGAAUCAUCGGAGUUGUGUGCCGUUCUCAAGCAGAUUUGAACUCGAACAAAUCAAUCGAAAAAGCUUUCGAAAAAGAACGAAAAUUCUUCACGAAGAAAUACCCAUCCCUUGCAUCCCGCUCGGGUACAACUUACCUCAAAAAGAGACUCGCUACGCUUCUUGCUUCGCAUAUUCGAGAUUGCCUACCAGAUAUUAACAUGAAGAUAAAUAUCCUGAAACGACAGUUUAAGCAUCAAUUAGCUGGUUGCGGUAAGCCCAUCGACGAUCCUACUGCGACGAUUCUGGAUCUUCUGACUAAAUUUGCUGUUGACUAUAAGGCUGCUAUUGAUGGAACUGGCAACGUUGUUCUCCAAGAACUCUCUGGAGGCGCUCGAAUCAAUUAUAUUUUCCACGAGACUUUCGGACCCCUUGGACGGCCUCAGCCGCUUGGAAGUGCUCACUGCCAUAAAAACUCUACCGGUCCAAGAACGGCUGUUUUCGUCCCAGACGCCAGCUUUGAGUCUCUCGUCAUGAAACAGAUUGCUAGACUGGAAGAACCCUCCAUCAGAUGUGUUGAACUCGUUCACGAAGAGCUCGAAAGAAUAAUCUUGCAUUGUAUAACGAAGGAAUACAUGCGAUUCCCAAAGCUUGUUGAGCGAUUGAAAGAAGUUGUUUCAGAAAAGAUAGCAGACCGAAUGGGCCCAACCAAGCAAUUCAUCGAAGAUCUUAUUCAAAAUGAGCUUGCAUACAUAAACACAAAGCAUCCUGAUUUCGCAGACGCGCGCCAACAAGCCUGCAGCAAUCUUCUUGGACAUACAACUGCUGAAAGUUACCAGGAUGCUAGGUCUGAAGUAGCUCAGCACAGGCAGCUUUCCAAGAUGGCGAUUGAAAAUGGAAAAGAAACCGGCUCUAUUAGCGAGGGUCCCUCAUCCGCUUCCCUACCUCCAGCUAUUUCCGACGGCAGAGGGGAUUUCACACCUCGUACAACCUCAAAGCGCGAAAAAAUGAACCCAAAGGAGAAAAGAGAGUGCGAAGUUGUUGAGCGUCUAAUCAAAACUUAUUUCUUCAUCGUUCGCAAAAACAUUCAAGACAGCGUGCCAAAAGCUGUCAUGAACUUUUUGGUCAACAAUGUGAAGGAUAAGCUCAACAGCUUUCUUAUCAACCGGCUUUACAAGGCAGAAGAUGCCGAAAUGCUCUUGUCAGAGUCCGAGUCUGUCGCCGAACAUCGGCGCGAGUACCAACUCAUGCUUGACGCCUAUGACAAAGCCUCAAAACUGCUCACUGAAGUGCGCGAUUCACCCGACUACGCCCUUUUCUAA